AUGGCUUCUGAUUCCAAACCCACUCCCCGAGCGCCCUUCGACGAUGCCGACGCCGACAUCAUCUUCCGCUCCUCCGAUGGGGUGCUCUUCAACCUCUACAAGAACAUCGUCGCCAAAGCUUCUUCUGUCAUGCGCGACAUGCUCACCCUCCCCGACGACGGCCUGCCCCAAACCGUGGACCUCACCGAAAGCGCGACGACGCUCGACGGCCUCUUCCGCCUCUUCUGCCCCGUCGAGCGCCCCACCUUCUCCUCCCUCGACGACGCCGACGCUGUCCUCGCCGCCGCGGUCAAGUACGACAUGCCGGUCGCGAUCGCGAACCUCUGCCCGUCUUUGCGCCUGCUCAUGGUGAGCGACCCUCUGCGCCUCUACGCGAUGGCGUACAAGCGCCGUCUCGAGGACCUCGUCCGCGAGUCCGCGAAACUCCUCGUCCGGGACUCGACAUUCCACGUUCGGCAGAACCCCCCUGCCGAAUUUGAUGACAUUCCCGCGAUCGCGCUCCACAACUUGACGGUGUACAGGGUGACGUGUUCAAAAAAAGCGAGGGCUCUCGUGCAGGAUCGGCAGUGGCCUCUCUCCGGGGACCAUCGUAUGGCGGUAUCUCGCGGAGGCACCCCCGGCAACGGAGUGGACAUUUCCGGCUCUUGGGUCUGGGCAAACACUCAGCCAUACGCCCAUUCAGAGUCUUGUUGCCCCGGCUCUAUCAUCCUCUCAUAUGCGCUUCGGGACGGAAACGCUGCCGCAGUCCACGCGCAGAAGUGGUGGUGCAAAUACAUCAAUUCUCUAGCCGACGCUGUUGGUCGUUGUCCGUGUGGGGAGACAGUGCGCUCCUUCUUCCCGACUCCGGCAUCUCAAAAGGCACUGAAGAACGCUUGGGGAUGUCCUGCGUGUUUGUGCCACGCCCCGAGUGAUGUCCAGUGCUUCAAUGAGCUUCUCGCGCAAAGGGUGGACGACGAACUGGACAAGGUCGAGCUAAAAGUCGCGUUUGCUGCCGGCCGGGCAGUCACUGGGACGGAGAAGGUUGGAACGUAA